GCUGCACACGGGCGUCGGGGUCUUCAGGCUGGGGCCGGUGUUCGCCCCGCCCACGCCUGUGGCUGCUCCCGCGAUGGACACUGGCGACAAGCCGAGGGAGACGCCCGCGGGCGCCCCCGGCGCCGCCGACUGCCCCCUCCAGACCGACGGGCCGUCCCCCUGGCCCCUGUCUGCGGCCCCCGCGCAGCUCCCCGACACGCCGCCCUUCGGGGAUCCCCCUGCCCGUGCUGCUGAACCCCGGGCGGACAGCACAGCCUCGGGGCCUCCGGGCGCUGCCGUGGAGGUGCCCGCCCGGGCCCAGGCCAGCGGACUCGGAACCGGAGAGCCCAGUCCGGCACAGUCCAAGGGACAGGGCACGCCAGGCAGGGAGAGCACGUUCCUGAAGCUGAACAAGUGGAUCACGGACAGGAUAUCGCCGGCCCGCCCCUCUUCCUCCUCCUCCUCCUUCAGCCUCAGUGGCUGGACGCCCCCCGUGGAGCGCCACUUCACCCCCCUGCGGGGGCCCCACGGCAAGUUCAUCUCCCCCCCUCAGCGGGCCCCUUCCACUGCCUCCUCGCCGGGCUCUCCGGCCGACUCCGCCCAGCGCCAUGCCCGGGGAGAGCGCAGCCACUCGGACAUCGCGGAGCUGGCCAAGCACGAGGCCGAGAUUGAGCACCGCACAGCUGCUCUGAAGCGUGAGGGCUUCUGGUCCCUGAAGCGGCUGUCCCGAGUGGCGGAGCCCAGCCGACCCAAGGUGCACUGGGACUACCUGUGUGAGGAGAUGCAGUGGCUGUCGGCUGACUUCGCGCAGGAGCGCCGCUGGAAGAGGGGCGUUGCUAGGAAGGUGGUGCGGAUGGUGAUGCGUCACCACGAGGAGCUGCGUCAGAAGGAGGAGCGUGCUCGCCGGGAGGAGCAGGCCAAGCUGCGGCGCAUCGCCUCCUCCAUCGCCAAGGAGGUGCGGGCCUUCUGGAGCAGCGUGGAGAAGGUUGUGCAGUUCAAGCAGCAGUCUCGGCUGGAGGAGAAGAGGAAGAAGGCCCUGGACCUGCAGCUCGAUUUCAUCGUGGGCCAGACAGAGAAGUACUCCGACCUGCUGAGCCAGUCUCUGAGUGAGGCCCCUGCGGGAUCCGUGCUCCUGCCGCGCCAUGGGGCCCCGGUGCGGCCCGCUCCGGAGGAGGAUGAUGGAGACUUUGAGCCCCAGUGUGAGGAGGAGGACGAUGAGGAGACCAUUGAGGUGGAGGAGCAGCAGGAGGGCAACGACGCCGAGGCACAGCGGCGGGAGAUAGAGCUCCUGAGGCAGGAGGGGGAGCUGCCCCUCGACCAGCUGCUGCAGACUCUACGCGCACAGACGGAGGCCCAGGACUCUUCAGAGGGUGAGGGCUCCCACAGCACCUCUCGUGCCCCAGAGGAGGAUGAGGAUGAUGAGUUCGCUGCCAACGAGGACGAAGCGGAGGAUGAGGAGGACACCAUAGCAGCUCAGGAAGUAGUUGAGGGGGAUGCUGAUCAUUCACAGGAGCUCAGUGACCUGGCCAGAGAAGGUGAAAUGAGUAUAGAGGAGCUGAUGGAGCGCUAUAGUGGUGCCUAUGCUGAAGAUUUUGAAGUGCCCUCAGCUUCGGAGUCAUCCUCCAGCUCUGAGGAGGAGCAAGAGGAAGCAGAUGAAGAGUCCGUGAAUACUGGGGAGCGAGAGGAGGAAGAUCAGAGUGAGGCAGCGGAGGGAGACCAGAGUGAGGAAGAGGAGAGUCACUGUUCAGACUCCUCUGCAGCCCUGGAUAGCGAUGACGGGCGCUCGAGUCCCGGGGGUGACGUGGGGGUGGCGUUCCUGCUAAAGGGGGACCGCAGCCCCCCCACCCCGGGAGAGAAGGUCCCCAUUGCUCCCCGGCCCAAGAAGGAGAUCAGCGACAUCGCCGCCACAGCCGAGAGCCUGCAGCCAAAGGGUUACACGCUGGCCACCACCCAGGUGAAGACGCCUAUCCCAUUCCUGCUCUAUGGCACGCUGCGGGAGUACCAGCACAUCGGGCUGGACUGGCUGGUCACCAUGUACGAGAAGAAACUCAACGGCAUCUUGGCGGAUGAGAUGGGGCUGGGCAAGACCAUCCAGACCAUCUCGCUGCUGGCCCACCUGGCCUGCGAGAAAGGUACUGAGAGCCUGGGCAUCACUGGACACUCCAGUUUGGGAGCUGUUGGGAUUCUGGGAGGUGUGGGAAUUCUGGAAUGGGAGUUGUUAAUUUGGGGAAUUCAGAGGAGGCUGCUGCUGACGGGCACGCCCCUGCAGAACAGCCUGAUGGAGCUGUGGUCCCUGAUGCACUUCCUGAUGCCCCACGUCUUCCAGUCGCACCGCGAGUUCCGCGAGUGGUUCUCCAACCCGCUGACUGGCAUGAUCGAGGGCAGCCAGGAGUACAACGAGGGGCUGGUCAAGAGGCUGCACAAGGUGCUGCGGCCCUUCCUCCUGCGCCGGAUCAAGGCCGACGUGGAGAAGCAGAUGCCCAAGAAGUACGAGCACGUGGUGCGCUGCCGGCUGUCCAAGCGCCAGCGCUUCCUGUACGAUGACUUCAUGGCGCAGGCCUCCACCCGGGAGACGUUGGCCAGCGGUCACUUCAUGAGCGUCAUCAACAUCCUCAUGCAGCUGCGGAAGGUGUGCAACCACCCCAACCUGUUUGACCCGCGGCCGAUCCACUCGCCCUUCAUCACACCCCGCAUCCUGUACACCACCGCCUCGCUCGCCCUGCGCGGGCUGGACACGCACCCCUUUCAGCGCUGUGACCUCUCCAUGUUUGACCUCAUUGGCCUGGAGGGCCGUGUGACGCGCUACCAGGCGGACGUCUUCCUGCCGCGGAGGAAGGUCUCCCGCCUGCUGGUCCAGGAGGUGAUGGACUCUCCCGACCCGCCACCGCGGCCCAAACCCGUUCGCAUGAAGGUCAACAGGAUGUUCCAGCCGCUGCCGAAAGCGGACGGGCGCACUGUAGUGCUGGUGAACAGUCCCCGCCCCCCCGGCCCGGCCCCCUCUCCUGCCCCCUCGCCCUCCCCCCUGCUGCGCCCCCCGGUGGCCCCGGAGAGCGCUCCCGUUGCCGCCGCCCCCCUUCCGCAGCAGCAGCACCCCGCCCCUCCAGUGACGGUGUGUUCGGUGCCGCCGGCUGCUCUGGCCCGGCCUCCGCUGGUCCCAGCUGGCCCCAGUGCUGUCUGCGUUGGCGGAACCGGGGUGAGGCCCGGCACCCCUUUGCCUGUACUGGCUGUGCGGCCUCCGGGAUCCCCUGGCACCCUGCUCCGGACCCCGACGGCACCCGCAGCCUCUGCGCCCCCUCUGUCAGGCUACGCAACACCCACUGGUGGGACCGUCACCCAGCGAGUGCUCCUCACCCCGGACAUGCAGGCCAGACUGCCCUCCGGUGAGGUGCUCAGUAUAGCCCAACUUGCCUCUUUGGCCAGUCGCCCAGUCCAGUCAUCUCAGGGCAGCAAGCCGGUCACCUUCCAGCUGCAGGGCAACAAGUUGACUCUGUCAGGAGCGCAGCUGCACCAGGUCAACAUGAGCCAGCCUCGGCCCGUGCAGGGGAACGUAGUUCACCUGGUGUCCAGUGGGGGGCAGCACCACCUGAUAAGCCAGCCGGCCCAGGUGGCUGUGAUCCAAACCGUGAGUCAGAGCAGCGCGGGGGUGGUCAGCACGCACCAGCCCACCCUGCCGCCCGGUCCCCCCGGCCUGUCGCUGCCGCUGAAUGCCACCCAAGUUCCUUCCUCCAUGGUGUCUGGCUCUGGCAUUGUGAAGAUCGUGGUGCGCCAGUCGGCUGGUAAAGAGGGGGUGCCCACCCUGGCUGUGCCCCCCACCCCCCUGCGGCCCGUGCUGAGGGUGCUGCAGGGCCCUGCCGCCGGGACAGAGCAGGCGCGCCUGAGCGCGACCCCGGGCCGGGACGACAGCGACGUCAUCACCCUGCGCGUGGCCACGCCGUCGGGAGCGAGCCCCCACCUGGGCGGCGGGCUGAGCACCCCGAGAGUGCGCACGCAGGUGCCUCCGCCCCCCCGCUCGCCCUUCUACAUGUCCUGGCUGGCGGACCGGCGCAAGGCCCAGCGUGAGGCCCGCCUCUCCCGGAUCCUGCGCGUGAACGAGCAGCACUGCUCGGCCCGGCCUAUCUACGGCCAGGAGGUCCUGCGCUUCCUGACCGUCCUGGACCGGCCCUCCGCCCCGUCUCCCGACGCCCCGGGGCACUGGCUGAGCUCCGGCUACGCCCACUGCCUGAACGCCCAGUCCCAGGCUCCGGACCGGUACUGGGAGCGCAGCGAGGCCCUGAGCCGGGUCAUCCAGACCCCAGAGCAGCGGAUAGAGCAGCUGUCCAACGUCAUAGACAGGUUCAUCUUCGUGAUCCCCCCAGUCGAGGCCCCGGCCGUGGCCCUGCACACCUCUCACCCCCCGCCCUGGCUGGCACACCGUGAGGCCGUGUUCAGGGAGCGGCUGCGCGCCGAACUGUCCCCGCGCACCGCCUGCCUGCACCGCGUCCACUGCAACAUGCGGACGCAGUUCCCCGACCUGCGGCUCAUCCAGUACGACUGCGGGAAGCUGCAGACUCUGCACAUGCUGCUACGCCGGCUGAAGGCGGGGGGUCACCGCGUCCUGAUCUUCACCCAGAUGACCCGCAUGCUGGACGUACUGGAGCAGUUCCUCAACUACCACGGACACAUCUACCUGCGCCUGGACGGCAGCACCCGCGUGGAGCAGAGACAGGCCUUAAUGGAGCGCUUCAAUGCAGACCGGCGGAUAUUCUGCUUCAUCCUGUCGACCCGCAGUGGGGGCGUGGGGGUCAACCUGACCGGGGCCGACACCGUGGUCUUCUACGACAGCGACUGGAACCCCACCAUGGACGCCCAGGCACAGGACCGCUGCCACCGGAUUGGCCAGACCAGGGACGUGCACAUCUACAGACUGAUCAGCGAGAGAACGGUGGAGGAGAACAUCUUGAAGAAGGCCAAUCAGAAGAGGAUGCUGGGAGAUAUGGCCAUCGAGGGUGGAAACUUCACUACAGCCUUCUUCAAACAGCAAACAAUUCGGGAGCUCUUUGAUCUUACCGAGGGGGAGAGGAAGGAGAUGGAACAGCCCAACCAGGCCCCCUCCCGACAAGAGGAGGAAGAGGCCUUGAACAACAAACACACCUCUAUCCUGGAGCAGGCGCUGUGCCGGGCGGAGGACGAGGAGGACAUCGCCGCCGCCUCGCAGGCGAAGGCGGAGCAGGUGGCGGAGCUGGCCGAGUUCAACGAGAACAUCCCGUUGGAGGAGGGCAGCGAGGGGGCGGGCCGAGAGCAGGAAGAGGAGGAGCUAUCCAAGGCUGAGCAGGAGAUCGCCGCCCUGGUGGAGCAGCUGACUCCAAUAGAGCGCUAUGCAAUGAACUUCCUGGAGGCCUCACUGGAAGACGUCUGCAAGGAGGAGCUGAAACAGGCCGAGGAGCAGGUGGAAGCCGCCCGCAAGGGCCUGGACCAGGCCAAGGAGGAGGCGUUCAAGCUGCCCUCGGACGACGAGGCCCCGUCUGCGCCCCGCGCCCUGCCCGAGGACGCCCCGCACCGCCGGGCCCGCAAGACCAAGGAGAAGAGCGCCCUCUGCACCCGGGCCAGCGGGAGGCUGAGGCCUCGAACCCCUGCGGCGGAGGGGGCAGACGAACUUCCCCCCGCCCCCGCCCGGAGUCCGGGGGAGGUGACGGGAGACUCCCCUCCACAGCCUCGGAUCGACGUCCUUCCUACCACCCUGGCUCGACCGGAGCCUGAGGCAGGGGCCCGGACCGAGGACAACAUGCCAGUGCAGGAGGCGAGCACUGCAUGUGUUUCCGCUCCGGCUCCGUCUCUGGCUCCGACCCUGGCUUCGGCUUCGGCUAAUCCGAAUCCGACUCCGGCUCCGGCUCCGGCACCUGCUCCGGCUCAGACCCUGGCUUCGGCUUCGGCUAAUCCGAAUCCGACUCCGACUCCGGCUCCGGCUCCAGUUCAGGCUCCGCUGGUUCCCGCCCCCGAGGAGGACAGCACCCCGCAGCACAGAGACGUGCCUGAGCCUGCCGGCCUGGCUCUGCAGGGAGACACCAAAGACGAGCUCCACCUCCCUUCGCCACCGCCACUCACCCGCCUCGCCACCCCCGAAGCCCAUCAGCUGCCCGAGCCAGCCGAGCCGGCGCCGCCUUCUCCCCAGAACAACCUUUUGCCCGACGCAGGCGUUGGGCAGCCAGAGGGAGGAGGAGGAGGCCUCCCUUCCCCGGGCCCUUCCUCCCCACCCCAGCCAGCCGCCUGCCAGGCCCCCAGGGACCCCCAGCCCCAGGUCUCCCCCCUCUCAGUGCCUUCUGCCGCCCCCACGUCUCCCUGUGGCGAGACCGAGAGGACGGCCCCACUCUCCCCUCCGGCCACCCCCGUACCCUCCUCCGAGCCCCCGCCUCCUUCGCAAAGGGGGGGCGGCCCCCACAGCCCCCCUGCCCCACUCCAUGAAGAGCCAGAGCCUCAUGCCGCCCCGCAGCCCAGAGCAGACAGGGCGCUGGAGCAGCCCGUCUCCACUAGGGAAGGGGGGUCAGCCCCCGGCUCGCCUGUGAAGAGCGAGCGGCUUGAUUCCUGUGGGACGGCUGCCGCCAUGUUGCCCGGAUCCCUUGUCUACAGCAAUGCGGACGAGGCAGGGCAAAGCAGCAGCCCUGGACAUCGCGCUGCAGAACUGGGCACCCCACCUCCCCAGCCCCCGCCCGCCUCCCCCUUGCCCUCCCCCGGCUCCUCGCCCCCGGGCUCGCCGCCGCUGCCACAGGCGCCGGCCCGCUCUCCCCGCAAGCGGGUGUCGGCGGACGGAGAGGUGCUGAACAGCCUGCAGGAGGGGUCGCCCUCGGCCAAGGUGCUGCGCAAGCUCCCGGGCCGGCUGGUGACCGUGGUGGAGGAGAAGGAGCUCAAGCGCCGCAGGAGGGGAGCGAGCGGCCCGCGGAGGGACGCCGCCGGGGAGGCCGACCGAGGGGCGGACCCGGCCGCGGAGGACGGAGCCAUGCGGGGCCGGCCCCGCAAAGACCAGCGCCCGCCCGAGAUGGCCGCGGACUGCCCCGCCAGCCCCUCGGCGUCGAGGUCCCCCGCUGCCGCCCCCACCUCUCCCCUCCUCCGCAGCUCCCCGCCCGAUCCCUCCUGCCUGCCAGUGCCUGCCGAGACCCUGCCGCCCAGCCCCCACAGGCAGGAGGCGCAGCUGGAGGGGGAGGACAAAGAGGCAGCACUGAAGCAGAGUCCCACAGAGUCCCGGGUAGGAGAAGAGGGGGGGAAUGGCAAGAUGGCGCCGCCUGAGGAGAGCAAGAGCAAGGGCUCGGAGAACAGGAGGCCAGGGAAGAGGAGGGACAGCGAGAGCCGGGACUCGGAGGACAGGAGGCCAGGGAAGAGGAGAGACAGCGAGAGCGGGGCCGAGGCAGACGAGGAGUUGCCGCCCCACCGCAAGAAGAGGAGAGUGACCCGCUCCUCUCAGGAAGAGCACUCCCCCUCUCCCUCCCUGCGCAGAGUGACCCGAGCCGCCGUCAGGGGCCGCAGUCCCCGGCCAGAGGAGCAGCGGAGGCGCAGCCGGGCCAGGCAGGGGGGCAAGAGGGGCAAGAGGGGCAGACGCGCGGCACAGGAGGAGGAGACGGAGCCGCCGCAGCACCGGCGCAGCAGUCAGAGCCAGGAGUCGACGCGCUCUUCCUCCGCGUCGUCGUCCUCCUCCUCCUCCUGCUCGGCCUCCACCAGAUCGUCCUCGCUGUCCACCGGCAAGAAGGGCGGCCGAGGGAAGGCAGCGGUCAAGAGAAAAGGAGAGGAGGUGGAGACGGAAGAGGAGGAGGACGCUCCCCAGAGGAGGGUCACCCGCUCCUCCCGGACAGACGCCCUGGCCGCCACCGCCACCUCGCAGUCCUCCUCCCCCUCGUCCUCCGAUUCGGAGGCGUCCGGCGGGGCGGGCGAGCGGCGCCUGACACGGGCGUCCCAGCGCAGGCCGGAGGGCAGGCGGCGGGAGGCGGAGCGCCAGGGCGAGGGCGGGGACAGGAGGAGAGCGCCGAAGAACCUGAAGAGGAGAGAGCGUCCGCGGGAGGCGGGCUCGUCCGGCAGAACUGUGGGAGGGACUGGGGGGGAGAGGGGAGUUGGUGCCAAACCUGCUGGGGUGCCGCUGGAUGAACUGGGGUACAAGAUGCCCCGUAGUUUGAGAAGAAGGCACACGCUGCAGGGCGCAGGGGAGCCAGAAGGGGGACCCCCCGAGUCUGAAGUGGAGGCAGCCAUGAGCAUGUCCGGGAGAGCUGGGGAGAGGCGUUAG